GGUGGAAGCAGGCGAGUAUUAUGGCGCCCACACACAGGAAACUUCAGUAAACCCUGAUAAGAAGGACAAAAUAAUUGAGGCAUUAGUCAAACAAGGAGAACUACAAGCCCAGAAAGGAAAUUACGUUGGAGACUUAUUCCAACCUAUGGAGUUAGAAGAAUCACGACCAGAAAUUGUGGAAGUAUAUAUGAUGGUAGGAGGAAGAAGUGGGCAAAAAUUAGAAGAGGAUGAAAAUCGAGUGUAUAAGAAGGAAGCCGACUCACCUGAGUUUAAAGAAGAGAUAUUUGAACUAAGUAUUCGACCAACCUCUGUGAUCUCAUACGACAAGUUGGGGACAGCAUAUCGGAGGAGUUUAGAAUACGUGGGCCUGAGUAAAUCUUAUGGCAAUACCUAUCAACAAUCGAGGCCGAUAGAGCUGCCAACCAAAGGGGUGACUGGAAACCCAUUAACCUAG